AUGAACCGACGUUUCAUCUAUGGUACGGCUUGGAAAAAGGACGAGACUGCCUCGUGCGUGCUAAAGGCUAUACAUUCUGGCUUUACGGCCUUCGACACCGCAUGCCAGCCCAAACACUACAGAGAAGAUCUCGUCGGAGAGGCCAUCCGCAGGGCCUUUGCUGAUGGAACGAUCAAAGACCGCAGCCAGAUCUGGAUUCAGACUAAAUUCACUCGUCCCUCUGCUCACGAUCCGGAGAAUUGCCCCUAUGACUUGAGCGCGCCAAUCGAGGAGCAAGUCCACAAGUCAAUCCAGAUGUCCCUUCACAACCUCCGCCACAGCGAAGAGCUGGACGGUACCAACGACGGAUCGGUCUACCUGGACUCGCUGAUUCUACACUCCCCUUCCCCAGACUUGGAAGACACCCUCGCGGCCUGGCGUGUCAUGUCCUCCUACGUGCCCCACCGAAUCCGCGCGCUGGGCGUGGCCAACCUCUCAUGUGAGCACCUCAUGCGACUGUACGAGGCCGUGGAGGUGAAGCCGUCCUUUGUGCAGAACCGUCUGCAUCCAGAAACGGACUGGGAGAUUGAGCAGCGGAGGUUCUGCGUGGACAAGGGCAUUCUCUUCCAGGCGCACAAGGUCCUGAAGAGGAAGGAAUUUAUACUGGACUCGGAGCUGCUCAGGGAGGUCGCCUCGGCGGUCGGGGUGAACAGGCAGGUGGCCAUGUACCUGUUGGUGCGGGGGCUGGGUGAUUACAUGACGGUUGUGAACGGGACGAAAAGUGAGGAGCACAUGAAAGAGGAUUUAGAGGGCAUUGUGAAAUUCAAUUCAUGGUGGGCUGACGAAGGAGAAAAGGGAAAGAAUCAGACCAACUGGACCGGGUAUAUGGCGUGCUUCACGGAAAUGAUCGGGCAAUCGUCGAGAAACUCCGGGCCUGCUGGAUCUCCGGCGUAA